AUGAGACCAAUUUUCUGCGGAAAUUUCGAGUACGAGACUCGACAAUCGGACUUGGAGCGAUUGUUCUCCAAAUACGGGAGAGUUGAUCGUGUUGACAUGAAAUCGGGAUUUGCAUUUGUUUAUUUUGAGGAUGAGCGUGAUGCAGAAGAUGCCAUCCGAGGUCUUGACAAUAUACCAUUUGGGUAUGACAGGCGUAGGUUGUCGGUUGAAUGGGCCAAGGGUGAACGUGGUAGACAUCGUGAUGGGCGAGCAGCUAACCAGAGGCCAACGAAAACCCUCUUUGUGAUAAACUUUGAUCCUGUGCGUACGAGGAUCCACGACAUUGAAAGACACUUUGAGCCAUAUGGGAAGGUUCUCAAUGUACGCAUUCGUAGAAACUUUGCAUUUGUGCAAUUUGAAACCCAGGAAGAUGCUACCAAGGCUUUGGAGAGCACCAACAUGAGUACGAUUCUGGAUAGGGUUGUUUCCGUUGAGUAUGCUUUGAGGGAUGAUGAUGAGAGGGGUGGACUACGCGACAGCCCAAGAAGAGGUUAUGGAAGGCGUGGGGACAGUCCUUACCGUAGGUCGCCGAGCCCUGGGUACCGUAGGAGUCGACCCAGUCCUGAUUAUGGGCGGGCCCGCAGCCCAGUUUAUGAUCGGUACAAUGGUCCUUCCUAUGACAGGCCCAGGAGUCCUGAAUACGGGAGAUACAGAAGUAGGUCACCUAUUCGGAGAUCAAGGACUUGA